UUGGGUGUUCCGGUGACCGGGCAGUAGUAGUGAGUGAGGAGCGCCCUUCUCAAAUCGACCAGGGAGAUGAGGACCCAGAAUCUCUGGGUCUUUCUGGGCUCGGCGCCAGUUAAACUGCAGUACCGCCAGUCCCCUCUAUGUACACGGGAUGGCGUGCUUUCCAACCGGAACCCUGGCCCCUUGGGUUUUCACUCAUGCUACACAGAAAUGGCGGAGAAUACUGUGACGGUCACUGUCGCUUACGGUUCUACGAAGCACAGCAUCACGGUAACGGGGCUGGACGGGAACGAACCGAUACUGAAGGACCUUUCUGAUGCUCUCGUUCAGGUCACCGGGGUCCCGAUGCCUGCACAGAAACUCAUCUUUAAAGGGAAGUCACUGAAGGAGAUGGAGGAGAGUCUGUCUAGCUUUGGAAUCAAACAGGGAUGUAAACUCAUGAUGAUUGGGAAGAGGAACAGCCCAGAGGAGGAGUCCGAGCUGAAGAAGUUGAAGGACAUUGAGAAGUCAGUAGAACAGACGGCUAAGAAACUGGAGAAGGUGGACGGAGAGCUGACAGGGCUAAAGAAUGGGUUCCUAGCUAAGGACCUGCAGGCUGAGGCGCUGGGGAGACUGGACCAAAGAGUGAAGGUGGCUUCUGAACAGUUCAUGAAGAUUCUAGAGCAGGUGGACUCUAUGACUUUACCAGAGAACUUUGGUGACUGUCGGAUGAAGAAAAAAGGCCUAGUAAAAACAGUUCAGGGAUUCCUGGCUCAGUGUGACAAGAUAGAAGCAGGGAUUUUAGACCACUUGGCUAAGAUCCAGUCUAAGAACCUGGCCCUGGCAGAUUCUUAGAUCUACCAGUUCACAGAGAUCCACUGGGUCACCGUCUGGGAUCUGCCAUCAUGUCCAUCCCUCUGCUGAUCCACAUCUCUCCAUCUGCCCUGGUCUCCACUGGGUCACCAUCUGGGAUCUGCCAUCAUGUCCAUCCCUCUGCUGUUCCACAUCUCUCCAUCUGCCCUGGUCUCCACUGGGUCACCGUCUGGGAUCUGGGGAAAUCCAUUUGAUUUCAGUGACCUUUUGACAGCAUCCCUUUCGAUUUGAACAAAACCUUCCAUACGUAGUCGCUCAUUGUAGAAGUGGUGUGAAAAUGACUUUCGGGACCUUAAUGUCAAAACAUCGAAGACAUAAAGGUGUUCAACGUUGACCUAUUGGAAUGUGUGACACCCAUUCUGUAUUCAAGAGCAUGUUGUGUCUCAACCGAUGACGGGCACAACACAACCACCUCAGAUGGUGUGAAAUAGGUUCUAAGCUACAACAUGCAGAUAUGAAAAACAGUUUACACGUUGUUAGAUAAUUUAUGUUAAAGCUUAAAUAAUGUCCACAUUUUUAUUAAAACAUAUUUUUUUCAAUAAAUUAUUAAAUCGUAUGACAACCCUGUUUGUAAGCUUUUAAAUGAUAUCAAUCUCAACCAUAAAUCUUUUCCAUUGAAAUGGAUGUCUCGUGGUAUGGUGGGAUAUGCAAAAUGGGUAAACUUUGAGGACCUUUGAGGACUCUUCUUCCAUGGACAAACAUGGAUGGAAAGUUGUGUUUAAAUCAAAAGGGAUGCUGUCAAAAAGUGAUUGAAUUCAAGUAGAUUUCUUAAUCUACUAAAUCUCUCAACAUAUCCCUUCCCUCUCUCUCUCUCUCUGCUGUGACUCUGCCCUGGUCCUAUGUUGCUCUUUGAGCAACACUUCUGUCUUCAGUCAUCAUCUCUCUCCAGGCCUGGAGCAGCUCUAGGACACCUCUAGUGGAGUCAUCUCUCUCCAGGCCUGGAGCCGCUCUAGGACACCUCUAGUGGAGUCAUCAUCUCUCUCCAGGCCUGGAGCAGCUCUAGGACACCUCUAGUGGAGUCAUCUCUCUCCAGGCCUGGAGCCGCUCUAGGACACCUCUAGUGGAGUCAUCAUCUCUCUCCAGGCCUGGAGCAGCUCUAGGACACCUCUAGUGGAGUCAUCAUCUCUCUCCAGGCCUGGAGCAGCUCUAGGACACCUCUAGUGGAGUCAUCUCUCUCCAGGCCUGGAGCAGCUCUAGGACACCUCUAGUGGAGUCAUCAUCUCUCUCCAGGCCUGGAGCAGCUCUAGGACACCUCUAGUGGAGUCAUCAUCCUCUCUCCAGGCCUGGAGCAGCUCUAGGACACCUCUAGUGGAGUCAUCAUCCUCUCUCCAGGCCUGGAGCAGCUCUAGGACACCUCUAGUGGAGUCAUCAUCUCUCUCCAGGCCUGGAGCAGCUCUAGGACACCUCUAGUGGAGUCAUCAUCUCUCUCCAGGCCUGGAGCAGCUCUAGGACACCUCUAGUGGAGUCAUCAUCUCUCUCCAGGCCUGGAGCAGCUCUAGGACACCUCUAGUGGAGUCAUCAUCUCUCUCCAGGCCUGGAGCAGCUCUAGGACACCUCUAGUGGAGUCAUCAUCUCUCUCCAGGCCUGGAGCAGCUCUCGGACACCUCUAGUGGAGUCAUCAUCUCUCUCCAGGCCUGGAGCCGCUCUAGGACACCUCUAGUGGAGUCAUCAUCUCUCUCCAGGCCUGGUGCAGCUCUAGGACACCUAGUGGAAGCCUAUUCCAACGUAGUGCUCUAGUUUUGGACAGAGACCUAUGUGGUAGCCCUGUCAGGCCAAAGCUAGGACUCUAAAUAAGGAAAAGUGACAUUUAUGAGCUGUUCUAAUGUAUUUAUUUAGCAUGGCAACAUGCAGCAGAGUACCUUUAUAGUGACUGAGCCCUCCGUGUGUGUGCUGGGGUAGAGAAGACAACACUGACUGUUGCAGCCUCUUAACAAUGUCCCCUGCCUUUGGUGCUGUGUAUGUAGGAUAUUUUAACAAACAAAGUAAAAUAACCAAAAUGAAAUAAUCCUUCAGACUUUGAAAAUGUGUGGUGUUUGCUGAUAUGUGUUGUAAUUACGAAGAGACGGCUGAUAUUGAGCUGGUGACUGAUUCUGUACUGCUUUCUAGUGACAGGAUGUGAUGUCACUAAGGGUCAGUCUGACCAGUGACAGGAUGUGAUGUCACUAAUGGACAGUCUGACCAGUGACAGGAUGUGAUGUCACUAAUGGACAGUCUGACCAGUGACAGGAUGUGAUGUCACUAAUGGACAGUCUGACCAGUGACAGGAUGUGAUGUCACUAAUGGACAGUCUGACCAGUGACAGGAUGUGAUGUCACUAAUGGACAGUCUGACCAGUGACAGGAUGUGAUGUCACUAAUGGACAGUCUGACCAGUGACAGGAUGUGAUGCUGGCUGCCUAGUGGAACCAUGUUAUAGUGUGUCGUUUUAGAUAAAAAGCUGUUGUGAUUG